GAUGGAUGAGAUUGGGUUGGGAUUUUUUAUAGAUAAGUAGCUUUUCUUCUGACGUCCUCGUCUAGAUUUCUUCUACUUUGUUGCCUUUUGUCUUCCUGCUCUUCUUCCUCCUCCUCCUUGUCUUCCUCGACGACGACGACGACGACGACGACGACGACGCUGCUGGUUGCCUGAGGGGGGCUUUCUGGCUUUCACUUUUGACCUGCUGGACUGCUGGACUGCUGUGCCGCUGUUGUGCUGCUGAUCGCUACUUAUACGCAUACACACGUUCUGUCGUGGACUGUGGCAGCGAGAGAGAUAGUGUGUGUGUGUGUGUGUUGGUGAUAGACUGAGUGAGAGAUAUAUCCUCAUCCUCGCUCGCCAUGGCUACUCCAAGCCCUGUCACCGUCCUCGCGACCGUGACCCAGCUCGUCACUCUAUCCCCCUCGCCCUCAUCCACCGGCACUGGCGAUAGAGCUCCGCCGCAGGGUGGUGUGCUGGAGGGCGUCAAUCCGGCGCAUUACGACAAGAAGAAUCCCAUCAUCCUGUUCAUCAUCCAGGCCUUCAUCAUCCUGUGCUUCUGCCGCGUCCUGCACUGGCCGCUCUCCAAGAUCCGCCAGCCGCGCGUGAUUGCAGAGGUCAUUGGGGGCAUCCUGCUCGGGCCCUCCGUCAUGGGCCGCAUCCCGCACUUUACCACCACCAUCUUCCCCGCUGAUGCGGCGCCCAAUUUGAAUCUGGUGGCUAAUCUCGGUCUCACGCUUUUCUUGUUUCUAGUUGGGCUGGAGGUCAAUCUGCGCCAUCUCAAGGACAACUGGAAGGUUGCUCUGAGUGUGGGGUUGGCGGGCAUGGCGCUCCCGUUUGGCCUGGGCUGUGCGGUCGCGUAUGGCUUGUAUCAUGAGUUUCGGGAUGAGCCGGGCACGCAUCCGGUUGCGUUUGGGACGUAUGUGCUUUUUAUCGGUGUUGCCAUGGCUAUUACUGCGUUUCCUGUCCUGUGUCGAAUUCUCGUCGAGCUCAAGCUUAUACACACGCCUGUCGGUAUCAUUGUGCUGUCGGCUGGUGUUGGGAAUGACGUUGUCGGCUGGGUGCUUCUUGCGCUCUGUGUCGCGCUGGUCAAUGCUGGAAACGGGCUCACUGCUCUGUGGAUUCUCCUGACGUGCGUCGGCUACGUGCUCUUCAUGUGCUAUGCCGUCCGCCCGGCCUUUAUGCACGUCCUCCGCCGAACGGGCACGCUCGAGAACGGCCCUUCGCAGGGCAUCAUCGCCUUGACGCUCCUGAUUGCGCUUGGCUCGGCCUUCUUCACGGGCAUCAUCGGUGUGCACGCCAUCUUCGGUGCGUUUGUGGCCGGCAUCAUAUGCCCGCACGAGGGCGGCUUCGCGAUCAAAGUCACGGAGAAGAUUGAGGAUCUGGUCUCGGCGCUGCUGCUGCCGCUGUACUUUGCGCUGUCCGGCCUGAACACGAACCUGGGACUGCUGGACAAUGGCAUUACGUGGGGCUACGUCGUGGCCGUCAUCCUCAUUGCCUUUGUGGCCAAGUUUAUCGGUGCGGCUGUUGCGGCGCGUGCGAACGGGUUGUACUGGCGCGAGAGCUUCACGAUUGGGUCUCUGAUGAGUUGCAAGGGCCUGGUCGAGCUGAUUGUGCUGAAUAUCGGACUGAACGCCAAUAUCCUGAGCCAACGCACGUUUACGAUCUUUGUGGUUAUGGCGCUUGUCACCACCUUCGCCACCACGCCCCUGACGUCCUUCCUCUACCCCCCGUCCUACCAGAAGAAGAUGGAAGCCUGGCGCCGCGGCGAAAUCGACUGGGACACCGGCCUUGCCCACGCCGCCGACGACGACAGCAGCGGCAACAGCAUCAACCUCGAGAAGACACAGCACAGCAACGAAAACACCAGCAACAAAGUCCAAAAACUCCUCGUCUACCUCCGCAUCGACAACAUGCCCAUGCUCCUCGCCUUCAUCUCCCUUCUCGGCGCCGACGCCCAGCCCGCAACCCCACGCAUCCACCCAUCCCGCAGAGACCCAACCGCCGACGACGACAACAACAACAACUCCCACCUCUCCAAACACCGCCCCGUCCAAGCCCACGGCCUCCGCAUGCUCGCCCUCACAGAACGCACCUCCGCCGCAAUGCAAGUCUCCGAACCCCCCUCCGCCUCCACCCCCACCACCACCGACCCCAUCGUCAACACCUUCCGCACCUUCGGCCAACUCAACAGCGUCGCCGUCUCCGGCGAAGUCUCCGUCCUCCCCGAAUCCUCCUUCGCCGACGCCCUCGCCACAAAAGCCGCCGAUCUCGAAUCCGACAUGGUCCUCCUCCCCUGGUCCGAAACCGGCGCCCUCGCCCAGGACCACGCCGUCAUCCCCGGUGCCGCCGCCCGCGACAAGCUCGAUUGUCCCGCCUACGCCGCCUUUGUCCUCGACAUGCUCGCCCAUGCUCCCUGCCCCGUGGCCGUAUUCGUCAAUCGCAACUUCGGCGGCGUGAAGACUAGGUCGAAGAAAUCCCAACUCCCUACCACCGCAACCCCCGGAGCGACAGCAGCACCACCACCAUCCUCCCAACUCCGCCGCAUCCCCACCUCCCUCAGCAUCCACAGCGCCCGCUCCUCCCCCGCCGUGGCAAUCGCUGCCCCCAUCCUCGAUAAAUCCCACCACAUCUUCCUGCCCUUCUUCGGCACACCAGACGAUCGCGUCGCGUGCGCGCUCGUCCUGCAGCUCGUGCGCUGUGCCGCUGUCACGGCGACGAUUACGCAUUUCCGCGGCGUGGUCGUCGUGCUCGAUGCUCCUUCUACCACUCCUUCUUCUCCCGUACCUGCUUUGUCUCCGUCUCCGUCCGCGAAGACACCGACCGUCACCACAAGCCCCGCAGAUACAAACAACAACACCAACCCAGCUACCAACCCCAACAACCCCGACGAAAAAGCAACAUCCUACCUCGAAUCCCUCCAGUCCGCCCUCCCCGCACACGUCCUCCCGCGCGUCCUCUUCGACACCGUCGAUCUCUCCCUGUCACUCUCCCCCACCACACACAACAAACCCAACCCCAACUCCACCACCAAACCCCAACCCAGAACUCAAACUCAGAUCCUUCGCCGUGCCCUUGCCCGCGCCGCGCUUGAACUCGGUAAUGCUCCGCGUAAUGCUGGGGAUUUACUUGUUCUGGGCCGGAAUGCGGGGGUGCGGUUUGGGGUUGGUGGGGGUGUACAGGAUGAGGGUGUAGAGGAGGGAGAUGUAGAGGAUGAAGGGGAUGACGACGGCGCGGCGAGUCGGGCGCUGGGCGUGUUGGGGAGUAGGGCUGUGCGCGGACGGGUCAAGGGGAGUGUGCUUGUUGUGCAGGCUGGUGGUGGUGCUGGGGUGGGGAUGGGAUCGGGGAUGGGAGGAGGGGUUUGA